CAACUUCAACAAAAUCCUGCGCGGAACCUGAACCAACGCGUCCACAGUGCGCAGAGUGCGGUUCAACAAUCUGCCGAAAAAAAACAUGAGAAUAAUGCUACCAAGUUACGAGUCUCUAUUUUUAACCAAGAACUGGAUUCUCAUCCAAGUACCACGUCAAAUUCCGAGAAAAAUGAUCAUUAUGAACCUUUAUCUCCUAGAGAGUUGCUUAAGGCCAAGUCAAUAUCAGCUAGAAAAGCAAAAAGGGAUAGUCGAACGUUCAGCUUGGAGGAGAGAGAACAAUUGAAAAAUAAUAAUUUCCUCACUGAUGCAGCUAAAAUUGGUGAUUCGACCGUUUUGGCUAGCAAUGAUAUCACUCAAAAGAAAGACAAGAGAAGAACCAAACUAUUUAGCUCAGAAGAAAUUAGAUCUUUAGGGAGUAUGAGUCCCCCUGUGUCUUCGACCUCUCCAAUUGAGAAGGAAACCGAAAAAGUCUCGACCGGCGGGAGCGGGACUUCAAAGAUGCAUCGUUUAAGUUUUAACACCAAUCCCUCUUUUGACCUUCGUUCGAUUGAUGAAGAAAACCCCAGCGAAUAA